UCGUGCGAAGAAGAUCAAGAAGUUGUGAAAUACCACAAAAUGAACGAAAUUUUAAUGAAAGAUCUUGCAAAAAAUAGUGAACUUAUUAAACCUUCAAACAUUUCUAGCUUUGUUCUGCGUUAAGAAGAAUGCCGUUGUAUGUAUUAAAGGUUAUAAAAUAUGUUAAAUGUGGAUUUAAGUGACUAUGAUGAAUCGUUGGCUGAUUUGACUCCACCGCUUGGGGACAUCGAGAAAGAUUGCCAAGAGUUUGGUUUUGAUGAUGAUAUUAUAGAAGUCGAUAAGCAGCUGACUUCAAAACGCAAAAAAACUGAAGAUUUUGACGAAGAAUUUACCCCUUUCUUAAACUGUUGCAAUGCAUUAAACAAUCUGGAAGGAAGACAAGUUCCAACAAGGUUACAAGGAAGUUAUUUUGAGCAUGGUUUCCUUUCAAGGCUUUUGCAAAAUGAAAGUAAAAAAGAGGAUUUCUUCCAGAAGCCAAUUGUCAAACUCUUUGAUUAUCAAUUUAUAACUGCAAGUGCAUUAUUUGAACAAAGACAGAAACUUUUCUAUUUUCUGAGACAGAAAAUAUUUGAGUUUGAAAAUCAUGCAAGUGAACAAGGUCUUUCAAGUUUCAUGUCUGGAGACAACUACUGGUUUUACCUCAAUAUUAGAAAACAAUGUUGUUCAUUCUUGUUGUAUGUUAAUGAAUUUAUUCACAGAAAUUUGCCAUCUUAUGUCACAUCCACUGAAACCAAUGAACUACACCAGGAAUCAUGGAACUUCCCUUCCUGUUUGAGAAAGGAUGUGAAUAAUCUCUGGUCAGGUUUCAUUGGUCCUGUGUCUAAUUUACAAAAUUCUUCCUUUCUCAAAUUUGAUGGAGUGAAUGCCAGUGGAAGGUCACCAGCAGCUCAAUUGCUGCAUUUGCAUUUGGAAUUGAGAUGGGGCUUAAUUGAUAUACUUUGGCAGCUGUAUUCUGCACAAAAUUAUGAUGAGAGGUGUUUUGACCAGCUGGUAGAAAUUGAAGAGAAUGUAUCAGCUUUGUUGAAAGAUUUACUGCAUAUUGCUACACAUAUCAAAAGAGGUUCAAUGCCAACUUCAUUGCUCAAUACCACACCAUUUCUAUGUGCAUGUGUAAUGGAACUUUGGGUUAUUGCAAUUCAUUUUCUUGAUUUUCUUUCAACCAACCACGAGGUGAAGAGUUUUUGGAGUGCGCUCACAAUGAUUCUGAAUGAGGAGGUUCUACAAAGAGAAAAAGAUCACGAAAAGAAAUCUUCACCUGAUGGGUCAGCAAUCAAUUGCAAAUCUCCAAAGGCAUUCUGCUGGUGGAUUCUGGUUCAUGUUGCUCCUCUAUAUUGGUACAAUGUUAAAGGGGAAUAUAUUUUGAGGGAAAAGGCAGUUGUUCCUGGAAAUUGGAUAUUGGUUCUGGAUUUAUUAAGGCUGUCUUUUCUUGCCAAAGAUCAACAAAAGGUGCCUGAGGAUUUGUCUCGUUGCUACUUAAGUUGUUGUUUGCAAAUAUCCCAGCAUUGGCAACCCAAUAAUGAUGUUGUUUUACUGUUGUGGGAUUAUUUUCAUAAGAAAAUGAAUGAGAUGUUUUAUGCACCAAAUCAAAAACUCCAAAUUGGAGCUUAUUUAAGGGAUACGCCUCCAAAUGAAUGGUUAGAACAAGUUUUAAGCAGAUGUAACAAUCCUGUGAUGUGCAGCGACAAUGAUACGAGUUUUGAGCUCUUCCUCAAAAUACUUGCAUUGCAUUUGAAGAAACUAAAAUAUACCAAAACUCUGCAAGGCUGGAAACAGCUCAAAGGAAGAUUUUAUUCAAGGUUUCACAAGAAAAGAAUGGAGGAGUUAUCGGAGCAAGGAAUUAUGAACUUUUUUGACCUCUUUCUCACCCUUGCUUGUGUUGGCGAACUGCAAGACGUUUCCAACAAGAUGUUGUCCUUUUUGGAAUUAUUGGAUUUCAACUCGUUGAAAUGUGAAAAAAAGAAAUGCGUUUGGAAAGGUUAUUUUGUUUUGUUAUUCCUGUAUCAGUCGAAGGAAGCCGAUGCUGAGGGAAUUGUACCGAAACUUGCCGAUAAAUUCACUGAUAUUUGUAGAAGUUAUAAAGACGUCUGUGGACAGCACAAUGUAACCGCUAAAACGUUGUGGAGUUUAAUUUCUAUAUUUUUGGAGAAUGCCCAGGAACCUUUAGAAUACAGAAGUGAUUAUAACAUGAUAGGCGAAGGGUUUGCUAUCCUUCUACCAAUUUGCAACGAUAAAGAGCUUCAGACUUUGGUCAAUUUUAUCCAAGCAACGCUGAGCAUCAUAAGCAAUAAACUGCAAGAAGGAACCAAGAGUACCUGUGCAGUGCUUGCUCAAUCGUUAUGGGAUUAUGUCUUUCCUCACAUCAAACAACGAAUCACAGACCCAAGCCUUACCAGUGACUGCUUGAGUCAGCUGACGAACCUCGUUGUUGGAUUCACACUCCUCUCUAUCCCUCUACCGCCAAAGGGCUCCUCACAAACGCUGGAGACAUUUGAUAAUCUUGUCCAAAAUUUUGGUCUCAGCGAUUGCACAAGUGCUAGUAUGAGUUGUCAAUUCCUGGCGACCUUACUGACCUCGCCUGAUGCACUAGAGAGAUUCCAGUCAUGCAAUGAAUUUCAAACAAAACUCAUUCAUUCCUGGUUCAGAUGUGCACUCCAGAUAUCAUCACGAGAUCAACGUCUUCUCAAUCUGACAAGAAUUGUAUUUAUGAAGAUAUCGCAAACUGGAGAAAUUAUCAAAACACAGAGAUCAGUCGUGGCGGGAAAUGUUGAGGCUGCUUUAACAUCUCUCACUAGAGGACUGGGCGAGACAUUCUCAUCUCUGGAAUUAUUGGAAGAAACACUAGCAUUUCGCGAGAAAGCUCUGCUUAUUAUUGGAGAGUUUUUGAAGUAUAUUGAAAGUUUUAUAAAGCAAGGUGGACCAGCAGAUUGCUUGAGGAUAUCGUAUAAGGUGGCUGCUUCUCUUGUGAAAGAUUGUGCUAAAAUAAUAUACAGAAAGAGUCAACUUGAUUGUCAACUACCAAAGAUGAUUGACCAUCUCAUUUUACCAUUGAGUAGCACCAUAUCACCAGCUAUCACACAGUGUAUCAAACUAAACUUAACUGAGUUCUUAGCAGGGAUGGCUACACUGGACUUCAGAAGAGAUGAGUUUAUUAAACGAAAAAUCAAGCAAAUAUAUACUCGCUAUUUUUUUAAAACAAAUCAGGAGUGGUAUUUAUCAAAUCAUUUAACACCGAAGAACCCAUUCGUAGAAGUUUUAAAGGGAACAUUCUGCAUGAAUCCAAGUGAAGAUGCAAGUGAUUUCCGACAAUUUGUUAUAAAUAUUAUUAAAGAAAACCAUUUGGUUGUUCCUGGAAUCUUCCCACAACAACUAGCACCGACGUUAUUCUUUCUGGUUGAUCUAUUCAAACAAACGAUUUCACCUCAUGAAACAGCAAAGAAUACUCCUCUUCUGCUGAACAAAGUUCUUGCUUGUGUUCUAAAUUGUGACAUGAGUAAUCCCGGAACAGAACCAGAACAUAUAAGAAACAAAGCAACCGAAUCACUGGAACUGAUGUUGAACAGUUGUCAAAAAGCACAAGACGCUAUUUCCAGAGAAAGUCUUCUUAAACUCCUAAAGGAAUUUAUCUUUUCCAACAUUCACGAAGUUCAGGGAACGAUCUUUAAAACUUUGAGUACUUUAUCAAAGUUUGAUAAAGAGCUGGUAGUUUCUACUCUGCCUUUAUCAAAAGAGGCCAUUCUUAACACGGAGAGAAGACGAGGUGUUGGAACGGACAUCAGAUUAAGAACUUCCUUUAAAACAUUAGUAGAGAAUCUGGGAAUUGAAAUGGAUGUAAAUGAACUUUAGGAUCCCGGCCGGAACCGUACAUAUGUUAUGUA